CCAUUCCAGCCGCAGCCCCAGAGAAUGAAUGAAAUUGAAAUAGCUGCUACAUUACAUGUACAAUACCGGGCGCCGCAUCCUUGCAUUCUAUCAUACUACACCAAAAUGGCCACAGCGGUACAGAACCACCUCAAAUCGCAAUCUGGAGGUGCAGUCAUCAAGAACAGUCUUGGGGAAGAGUUCUACAAGGAGGCCAUUGAACACUGCCGAAGCUACAAUGCCCGUCUGUGUGCCGAACGCUCCAUGCGUCUCCCCUUCCUGGAUUCCCAGACAGGCGUGGCCCAGAGCAACUGUUACAUCUGGAUGGAGAAGAACCACCGUGGACCAGGUCAUGCACCAGGUCAGUUGUACACAUAUCCCGCUAGGUGCUGGCGUAAGAAGAGGCGGUUAAAUAUUCUGGAGGACCCUCGGCUUGUACCGAUUGAGUUCAAAAUUGACUAUGAAGCCUCCCUAAAGAAGGAGGGCGGUAUUCCAGAUGGUCCUGUGUUGGAGUCGCUGCUUGCCGGGGAUGCGCUGGACAAGAAGGUAGAAACGAAAGAGGAGGAGCCCAUGAGCGAGUGUCAGAAAUUGCUUGUCGGAGAUUUCCCUCACGAGCUAGAUGUGGACGAGAUGGAAGAAGAUGUUCCGAAGCGCAAGAACCGUACCAAAGCACGGGCCUGUGGGGUUGGUGGCAUGAGAAAGCGACAAGAGCCACCUGCUAUAGAAGACAGAGACAAGCCUUAUGUCUGUGACAUAUGUGGAAAGCGCUACAAGAACCGCCCAGGGCUGAGUUACCAUUACACUCACACACAUCUGGCAGACGAAGAGGGCGAGGAAGACUCAGAGAGGCACACACUCCCCUUCCAGCGCAAAAAUAACCACAAGCCCAAGAAAGCAGCAGAUGGCUCGGUUAUCGCCAAUGGAUACUGCGACUUUUGCCUUGGAGGCUCAAAGAAGACUGGCUGUCCCGAGGACCUUAUUUCCUGUGCUGACUGUGGACGCUCAGGCCACCCGUCCUGUCUGCAGUUCACAGUGAACAUGACAGCUGCAGUGAGGACUUAUCGCUGGCAGUGCAUCGAGUGCAAGUCCUGCAGCCUGUGUGGCACCUCUGAGAAUGACGUGCAUCUCCAAGACACUCCUUCAACUGCACCGGACCGCUCACCUUGGCGGAGACCGGUCUGCCAACCAAAUUGGCAAACACGUACCACGAGCCUAGCGCCGAUACGAAAAUCAGGAUCCGCCGUCAUCUGCGCCAUGGCGCAGGAUCAACUGUUGUUUUGUGACGAUUGUGACAGAGGUUACCACAUGUACUGCCUGAGCCCUCCUAUGUCUGAACCUCCUGAAGGAAGCUGGAGUUGUCAUCUGUGUUUGAGACAACUGAAGGAGAAGGCCUCAGCCUACAUCACCCUCAAUUAAUUAAUCUGGAGAGCUAGCUUUGCGUGCCUCAUCCUUUUGGCCCUUCAUCCCGUCCCAAACAUUCCCUCCGUCGCCCUCUGUCUGUCCGUGCUUGGGUUGCCCUUUCGAGAAGCACCGACGCACCCCCACGUUCCGACCCCUGCGACCUUUGACUCAGCACAGGACCCAGCGACUUCAUUCAAACAUCUCCUGAGGAGAGCUAUGCUGUAACUUCCAACGUCUAUUUGCUGCUCUGCUGUGAAUCGACGACAGAGACACAUCCACACACAAAAACACAUUUUUCUCGUCUGGUGCAGAAGAAUUCAUCAGCUGGCAAUAGGUUUGCUCACGAGACACUCCAGUCUGCCAAGGGCACUUUGGAAGAAUUCUACUCCAUUGGUGCCCCCUUAAGGGCCCUCAGAAGAGCCCUAAUGAUCUUUGGCUGCAACUCAUUCAAGUAGAGAGUGAGAAUUAACCAAGACGGAAAGGUGCGAAGCACAGGACGUGGCUCGGAAGACUCCGGAAAAACAACAGGGCCGGAUCUUUCACUCAUACAAACUUUGGAAAAUAAACUUUGAAGGGUGACGCAAUGAACUUUCUCCGUAAGAUCUUGCUGCCCUGAGCAGUUUCCAAUAAUUGUACAGAAUUCAGACACAUUCUAAAAGUAAACUCUUGAAGACAAUUUAACAUCUAGUGGAUGAUCUCAGAAUGGCUUUUGAAAGCUUAUAGUGUCCAUUUAAGAUUAACAUGUGGAAGAAGAGAGGGGAUCCACUCAAAUCAACUAUCUCUGAUCAAACACUGUAUUUGGGGCAGGGAAAUGACUGUUUAAAAAUCCUUCCACUUGGGUGAGACAAUGACUGUGAAGCCAACACAUCACCACGUGCUUGCAUAUCGUCCGUGUGUUGAGAAUGUAGGAUUGUCGUGUGCAGUUUGUCUGGCCUUUUUUUUUUUUUUUUUUUCUAAAAAAAAGGAUUCAUUUUUAUUAUUUUUCAUUUGCAUGUUGUUGUUUUUUUUUGAUUGUUUGGGAAAUGUAUCGUUUAUAAUUGAACAGGAAAGAAAGCACACUUAAAUCGCAAUAAUGUCUUUGUGAUAAAAGCUGUUUUGGCCAAAUUAGGCGUGUUUUAAAAUGUGUGUGCGUGGGUGCGUUCGUGUGGAUCCGAGUAGUAGUUGUAACUGGCUCCAAACUCAAUGGGAGCUACUUUAUGUGAGGUGGUAGCAGUUGAGUAGGGGGGAUGUCAUUUGAAUGUGAGAAAAACAACAACAUUUUACUUGUCAAGCAUUCCGGCAGUGAUGCGGGUGAGACUGAGUCGUCGUUUUAAACAGGAAACGUUACAAACUAGGAUUAUUUUCGUGCAAAACCAAAUUCAAAUGAGUCUCGGAGUUCACACUGUGACGCACAUCAGUCUACCAGCCAUUCCACAACACCAACUCUCAAGUGAUACAUGAUUAUUUUUGCGCUGUUUUGCUGUCUACCUCUCUUUUUUAUUUUUUUUUCAUGUCCCUCAAUAUUCAGGGGCUCAAAUUGUGGAACCAACUGCAGUUUUUCUCUUUAUUAUUCAAUUUACUCUGUCUAAAAUAAUCAUAUUUUAUUUUAGUAUUUUAAUUUAAUUUGUAUUUAUUAAUAAUAACCACUCCAAUAACUCAAGCUCAGUAUGACCAGCUGUAGUUGCAUCCAAAUGCAUCUCUCUCUCUCUCUCUCUCUCUCUCUCUCUCUCUCUCUCUCUCUCUCUCUCUCUCUCUCUCUCUCUCUCUCUCUCUCUCUCUCUCUCUCUCUCUCGCUCUCUCUCAGCACAACAAACCACUAAAACCAGCAUGCACAUUUGUGUCACUCAACUAGAGAAAGUACAAUGUUUCAUUAAAGAUGCAAAGUCGUAGAUAUUUUGGGGAGGAAAAAUAAUAUCCUGAGCCAGGAUGUCUGGCUGACCUGACAGGAAACUCACAAACUAAUUUAGGAAAUGAUUUUAACCAAACAGGAUUCAUUUUUCCAAUCAUCAGUGAGAUUUAAACGUAGAUACAAAGAGUGCAAAAGGGAAAUAUCAUUUUCUGUCAUUUGUUCUGUGCAAGUCUUAACUCAUCAUCAGAUGUUUGUAGAACAGUACAGCACAGAGCUCCACCAAAGUCAAGCAAAAGUAACAAUUUAAAACAAGGAACAAUCAGUGAUGAGCGCCUAUUAAUGUUUUGUUAGUGCAUCUGUUCAUUAGUGAGCGUAUUUCCGGGUUUAUGGGGGGUGAAGAACCAACUGGCAGUGCCAUUAUGUUCUGGGGAGCUGGCAGAUCCGUUAAUGCCAUGCAGCCUCAAAUGGUGAAAAUGCAAUCCUGUAUCUGCAACUUUACCAAGUUUGCUUUGGUACGUUCUGCAUUAUCUGUUGAACUCUCCUAUUAAAGUCUCUGAGGUUGUCAUGCUGGUUAAAUCCACAGUCGUAUGAGUGUAAAAUCUUGAUCUGAGUGGAAAUAGCAGACUGAAUGUGUGAUUGAGAGAAUGUUUGUAUUUUUUUUUUUUUUGAUGGAUGGUAACUGAAAAACCUUUAAAAUGAAAAGCUUUGCUGGCACUUAACGUUGGGAGUCAUUUUUUGAUUGUAUGAUGUGAGAAGGAGAUGGCAGCCAUUUUGUGAGACAAACACUAUGUUUUGUAAAUGGAAAUCUAAAACAUCCCAUGACCCAAUUUCAAAAUGUGGUGUGGCAAGGUCAGAGUUGAUCCUUU